CAGCCUUCUGGUUGACGCCACUGUAGGGCUGCUGUAACACCCAGGGAACGAUCUAAUCCUGCCCGUGAAACGACCAGUCUCGCUCAUAAAUAGAGCAUUUCGCGUUCUUCGAAGGUCAUCGCUACGUUGGCGUGGGUGCCGAGCACAGCUCAAGGACGGCUGCAGGAUAGAGACCCUGCGUGAGUGCGGCGACGACUUCGUGCCCUACGGCAAGAGUACGGAGCUUCCCGCCGCCGGACAGCCGUUCACGCAGAAGUGCGAGAAUGAAAAGCGACAGAUCGUAUGCAGUCUCAAGUUCGUCGAUGACUGCCUCAAGCGUCUGCCAAAGACAGCUACUUCACUGGCGCUUAAGACGUUGAAGGAAGACAUUACUGCCAUCUGUACUCCGGGCUCCAAUCUAAACAAUGAUUACCAGAAAGCCAUCAGCUGCAUGAACACUGUUGGUACAAAAAUCAACGCCUGCUUGAAAGGUCUCCACGGCGGUUUGGAAAGAGCCGUUGUCAAGGCGCCAACCAAAGAAGUCGUCCACUACGCCUGUUGCUCGUACGGUGACGUGGAGGAAUGCCUCGGCAAGGCCCUGACGCAGUGCGAAAGCGUCGGCGCCAAGCAGCUCACGUUCGGCCUGCUGCAGCACGUUUUCGGCGAGACCCUGAGCCUGGUGUGCGACGACUACACCAAGGGAUCGCAGGCUUGCCAGUCUCUGCCGAAACUGCCCGCGCUCGGCCCCACAGACCGCAAGGUCGAGAACUACAUCGAGCUCCUCAUCGAGGCUGCAAGCACGAUCGCCCGCAAGAAGUAACGCAACAACGAACUCCGACGCGUUUUGUGCAGUUUAUUCGCUUUUGUUUUUACAAAUAUUUCCUUUCGACUUCGUC